AUGUCGGAUGGAAUGCCGACGGACAGUUGUGUUCGUCACUUCCGUCGUCACAAUCUGCGUAUCCGUUGCAUUUUUUGGAUUCCGAGAUGCAUGCUCCAGACGAGCAGAAGUAUGAUCCUUGGACACACGCUGGUCGUUCACAGACGAAUUUUCUCAACAGGUUACACGUCUCCAAUCGCCAUUCGAGAUCUUUCCGUUCCACACGUCCCAUUGCACAUGUUCCGUUCAGGAAGUUCGGCUGGUCUUGUCUCCAGAAUCCCACGUAUCGACUUGUUGGCGUGCCGUCCGACCAGAUGUACAGCUCAUCGUCGUCGAGCACCUGGAAUCAUUUUUGCUAUAUUCAAAAAAAUGAGAAAAAAUGCUCCAGAAUUCCAUGGGAUAUAG